UAUCCUUCAGGCAGGAUGGCGGGUAACAAGACAACAGGUAGUGUCUUGCAAUUUAGACCCAUUGAGGUGUCUCAACAAUUACAGGAUGGAGAAAAAUUCAUCAAAUGGGACGAGGAUUCUGGUAUAGUAACUCCAGUAACAUUGAGGGUAGACAAGUUUGGAUUCUAUCUGCAUUGGGUGGAUCAACAUAAUGAAAUGGAAAUGUUGGAUAUUGCUGUAAUAAGAGAUACUAGAACUGGAAAACAUGCUAAAGUACCUAAGGAUCCCAAAUUGAGAUAUCUUGUGACAAUGGGCUCUCAAGAUUCUUUAGAGGAAAAGACAGUAACAAUUUGUUAUGGAUCUGAUUUUGUCAAUAUGAAUUUCAUUAACUUCUGUACAACACGUGCAGAAGUUGCACAACAUUGGACAGAGCAAAUUUUUCAGCUUGCAUAUAAUUUAUCUCUAUUAAAUAUCAGCACAACUAUGUUUUUGCAAAAAGCACAUACCAAACUUACACUUGCAGCUGAUAAAUCAGGAAAUAUCCCCGUAAAGAACAUAAUAAAAAUGUUUACGCAAAACAGAGAAGAUCGUAAACGUGUCGAAAAAGCACUUGAUAUUUCCAGUCUUCCAUCUGGAAAAAAUGAUGUAAUAUCAUUACAAAAAUUUCAAUUUGAAGAUUUUUUCAACUUUUAUAAGUCUCUUACUCAACGAUCGGACGUUGAAAAAGUUUUCGAACGCAUCGUAGGCAAUAAUAAGCGUAGGCUAAUGUCUGUCACACAAUUUGUUGAUUUUUUGAAUAAAACUCAAAGAGAUCCGCGUUUAAACGAGAUAUUGUAUCCUUAUGCAAAUGAGGCGAGAGCAAAAGACAUAAUAAGUCAAUACGAACCAAAUGAAAGUAAUGCUGAUCGGGGUCAGUUGAGUUUCGAUGGGUUCUUAAGGUACUUGAUGAGCGAAGAUAAUCCAAUUGUAGCUUUAUCGAAACUUGAAUUAUCGGACGAUAUGGACCAGCCGCUUGCGCAUUACUUUAUAAAUUCUAGUCACAAUACAUACUUAACAGGACAUCAACUUACCGGAAAAAGUUCCGUUGAAAUAUAUCGUCAGUGUCUGCUUGCUGGUUGUCGAUGUGUAGAAUUGGACUUUUGGAACGGAAAAUUUGAUGAACCUGUCAUUGUUCAUGGAUAUACAUUUGUACCUGAAAUAUAUGCACGAGAUGUAAUUGAGGCAAUUGCUGAAAGUGCUUUCAAAACUUCAGAAUAUCCUGUUAUCCUUAGCUUUGAAAAUCAUUGUAAUCCAAGGCAGCAAGCUAAGAUAGCUCAGUAUUGUAGAGAGUUAUUCGGAGAAAUGUUGCUAGAUGCACCACUUGAAUCUCACAAGUUGGAACCAGGUCAAGAGUUACCACCUCCAUCUUUAUUAAAACGUAAGAUUAUAAUUAAAAAUAAAAAAAAGCAUCAUCACCACCAUAAAAAACAUAAAAAGAAGCAACAGACACCAGCUAUAGAGUCUGAAGAAGGAGUUCAAGAAAACGAAGAUAAUGGAGUAACGAAUCAAAUUGCGGAGGGAGAGAAUGGCCCGCCGCCAGAUGUUGUUCUUCAAGUUGAAACAAAUGAUAAUAAUGAUCAACAGGUUGGAAAUGGAGAUAUUUCGCAUCCUCCAUUGCUACAGCAAAGACAAGGCAGUAAGGAUAGUACUCAGGAUGACGAAGAAGAAGAAGAGGAAUCUAGUACAGAGGAGGAUGAAUCAAAUGUGGAGGAUAUAAAGUUGAGGAUAGGUGAUAAGGUACCUGCACCUGAUAAAGUAGCAUCUAGCACCAAAGAAACGGAAGCUGGAGCGGAAAUUUCAGCCUUAGUUAAUUAUGUACAGCCUGUUCAUUUUAACAGUUUUGAAUCGGCUGAAAAAAAAAAUCGCAUGUAUGAGAUGUCAUCAUUCGACGAAAAACAAGCUACGACGCUUUUAAAAGAAAGACCAUUAGAAUUUGUAAAUUAUAAUAAGCAUCAAUUAUCAAGAGUAUAUCCAGCAGGAACACGUUUCGAUUCUAGCAAUUUUAUGCCUCAAGUGUUUUGGAACGCGGGUUGUCAACUAGUAGCAUUAAAUUAUCAAACACUUGAUCUUGCAAUGCAACUAAACUUGGGAAUUUUUGAAUACAAUCAGCGUUGUGGUUAUCUCUUGAAGCCGGAGUUUAUGAGACGAAAAGAUCAACGAUUAGAUCCUUUUGCAGAAUCAACUGUAGAUGGUAUUAUAGCAGGAACGGUUCAUAUACAUGUAAUAUCAGCUCAGUUUUUAACAGACAAAAGAGUCGGCACUUAUGUGGAGGUGGAUAUGUAUGGUUUACCAGCAGAUACAGUGAGAAAGAAAUUUCGCACGAAAAUUGUUCCAAACAACGGGAUCAAUCCUGUUUAUGACGAAGAACCUUUUAUAUUUAAGAAGGUUGUUUUGCCCGAACUUGCUUCAAUUAGGAUUGCUGCAUACGAGGAUUCAGGUCGUUUAAUUGGUCAUAGAGUGUUACCUGUAGUUGGAUUAUGUCCAGGCUAUCGACAUGUUGCUCUUAGAACAGAUGGCGGGCAACCAUUGUCGUUAGCAAGUUUAUUUUUACACGUAAUUGUGAAGGAUUACGUCCCAGAUGGUCUGAGCGAGCUUGCUGAAGCUUUGGCAAAUCCAAUUAAAUAUCAAAGUGAAACAGAGAAAAGGGAAAAGCAAUUAUCCGUUCUUACGGAUUGUUCCGAAGAUCUAUCAGAGGAAAUUGAUGAUAAACCCAAAGUUGGUGAAGGAGCAAGUUCUUCUAAGCCAACUGAGGAAAUCAUCAAAACGAAACGACUGCAAUCCGUGGGUGAAUUACCAACACUUGCUCCAGCAACUACAAAUAUUCAUGGUAGACCCUCUAUCGCUGGUUUAAACACGCCCGAUACGCAAGAUAACGAGGAUGGUACGCCAGCCUCUACGGUUCAAGUCGUUGAUGCUUCCGCAAAUAAAAGUCCUGUUAAUGUCAGCGGUAUAGGUGAUGAAAUAAUGGCCGAACCUUUAGAGAAAUUAAUGGAGAACAAACUUGUUCGAGAUAAGAAAAUAGAGCUCGAGAAGAAACUCGAAUCAUUGCGGAAAAAGCACGAAAAAGAAAAAUUAAAAAUGCAAACUCAAACGCAGAAAGGGUCUAUUGACGGUGAAAAGCAGAAAUCGAAGUUUUAUGUCAGCCAGAAACUUGUAAAGCGAUUGUCAAGUAGAAAUAUCUUUUCAAGCGAAGUAGGGUUAAGUACGUUACCUUUGGCAGAAACGUCGGAAUGCACAGACAUAGAAAACCGCGAAGGAAAUGGUGGAGCACCGAAAGGAUUACCUAGAAGUCAGAGCGAACAACGUUUACUGGCUGUAUGUAAAAUUCAUGUACAACAGGAACGGGAACUUCAAGAAAAGUACUAUGAAAAUUUAUUCGCGACUGUGGAGAAAGUAAUGAAAACCUCUCAGUCUAAUCAGUUGAAAACGUUAGAAGUACUUUUGGAGCGAGAAACUGCCGAUGUUAUGAGGAAACUUCAAGCUACGAGACAUGGAGAGGUAAAACAGUUAGCAAAGGUACAUAAAGAUAAAGCUGAGUUAGAUCGAAUGAAGAGGGAAGUUGCAAAGUCUACAGUCGAAAAGGGUGUAAACGAACGCACACGACUAAAAAAAAUUUACGAGAAAAAGAAAGCAGAGCUCGAACGGCAGCAUGAAGAAGUUCGGCAAAGGUUAGAAGCAGAAAGGAAAAAGGUUAAAACAGCUUUAGUCGCAGAGUAUAGCAGUCGAUGUAGUAAGUACGACAGUGGAGAGCUACCUUUGUCGCCAUCCAGCGGAAGUGGUAUGACAGAAUCACUCAGUGGAAAUACGUAUUGACUGAAAUAGUCGAUAAUUUAAUAUCGACGUCUCAUAGUGACACAGUUUGUUGGAGUAUACACAAAUACAUGUCAACAAACUGUUUUUGCUGGAAGUAUGUAUCCGUUUGGAAAGUUGACAGUAACAGAUUGUGCGUUGCUCCUCCAUAAUAAGAAGGGGUCGCAGCGGCGGCGUAACGAUCAUGAUGAUAAGAUGUUCGUGAAAUUUACGCAGUUACCUGUGUUUUGCUAAACUAAUUUUAUUCACUUCUAAAAAUAUCUCUUUUGUAAGGUAUGCAGCAUUUAUGAAGUGAUGUAUGAUUUUGACGCAGAACGCCAUCAAGUUAGGAGGAUACUCGGGUUGUUUUGUAACGUGAAAAAGCACAAUUGACGUUCGGCACAUUGGUAGGAUUUUGCCGAAUUCGAGAUGCGACGACGAAAAGGGACGUGGCAGGAAAUGUAUGAAGGAGAGUGAAAUCUCUUUGGCCUAGAGGUAAGGGACGCGGUAAAGUUUACGAUUCGGAUGGGCGUGUGCGUGAUUUGAUAUAUUUUUGACUGAAAGUACUCCGUAUAAAGACAUUUUUUGAAUAGUCCGUAUCGUGAAUGACAAAGAGAUCGUAUUGUAUAAAGAAAGCAAAUAUAGAAAAUUCCAAAAAAAAACAAAAAAAAAACAAACAAACAAAUGAAGCAGAAAAAAGAAGAUAACUAUUAACGGGAACGUUUCUAGCGUUUUUGUACCGCGCGAUUUCAUGCCGCGGCCAUUUUGAGGCCGUGGCGAAACGAUUGGAGCGAGGAAGACAAUCAAAAAUGUUACGUUGUAACAUUGUCCUUGUUGUUUCUAAUUGUAUGUUAUUUUAAGUAACUCGAUAUUACACAUACAUAUUAUAUAUAUACACAUAUAUCUUAAUAUAUAUACAUAUAUAUAUUCUUAAUAGUUAUUACAAAUUUAGAAUUAAAAGUCACACACUUGCGCAUUGUAAAUCUUUCUCGUGUGAUCCAUCCCAUUAAUUUAUUUCGUAAACAAUCACCGAGAUACGUCGGAAGUAUCACGAAUCGCGAGCUUUUUACAAAACGUCGUGUUUUAUUGAUGAUUCGUGCUCAUCGCAUUCGACAUGCGUGUAUGGUACACGCGCACGCACGCACACGCACGCACGCGCGUACACACACACACACACACACAGAACAUACGUACAUUAUAUACAUGCGAACGCACGUAGAGCGCAAUUGUUGCCGAUGCGAAAAAAGAAAAGGGAAAAGAAGAAAGAAAGAAAAUGGAGUACAUUUGCUAUUAUAACACUGUCGUCAUUUACGUUGCGUCGAGGGGUUCCGAUUGGAUCAAUUCCCUUCGAUUUGGAGACUGAACUCGAUCCCGAAUCGUUGAUAAACUAUCGUCUAUCCGUGAUAAUUUUGCCACCGUUGUUUUAUUUAUUUAACGGGGCGCUUUUUAUGCUACGAUGUACACAAGGUUCCAUGUGUCCCGUGAAGAUGUCAACCUGCAUAAGGAACGAACGCGUAAUUUGUUGGCAUUUAGGCUCGUUUCAUUUCGACGUUCUUUAUCCUUUUUUACCACGAAAUAUCACGCAAGAAGGUUGAACGUCCACCAUAUUGCGCAGUUCUACGUUCUAAUUUAUACGUUCGUUUCGGGUGAUUUUAUACAUCUUCCACGCUGAUACUACGCUGUUUCCAAAUGAUUUUAUUGUAACACGAGUCAAUGCAAGCAACGAUGCACGGAUCGAGUAUAUAUCGUUUUCUCGAGGCAGAGAAUUUUCCUGCUAGCAGGUACGCGCGAACGACUCGUACGGUUUAGUUUAGGCGAUCGGGAAAGAAUAUGCGAUAACGAAGCGAUGAUAAGCGAAAAUUGCAAGGUCCUGCGAGAAGCGUAGCGAGAAUGCAUCCUAAACCUCUCGCAAUAUCGUAGCAACCGGCUGUUUAAUUUAUGCACAAAACACUGCAUUUUUGUUAUUAUAGAAUGGGUAUUAGCAUAUGUUACGUAUCCGGCAGAAAGGGAUCAGUUUAGCGUUAGGUAGUUAAGCGUAUCCGCUUAAAUAUAGUUCUAGACGUCCAUCCGGAUGAAACGAUCGUACACGACGAGUUACCAUUUCCUUAAGUUUACGCCGAUUUAUCGUGAUUGCAUUUCUCCACGAGUUACCAUCUUCCAUGAGAAGAGAAGGAAAAGAGAGACGUACGUUGCGGUGGACUCGAUUGAUGAGAACAUUUAACUCGAGAGGAAAACAGUGAUAAUCUAUUAAAAGAUGAGAUAAUGUAAGUGUAAGCGGGUAUAAUUUAAUUAAG